AUGCCAACCUAUUCGUCUGGAUGUCGCAGAUCUGAUGACUGUGAUGGUCGCUUCUCAGGCGGGCCGUGGAUGCUGGAGACGUGGAAACAUGACAUGCAGUGUGUACAUUUUGUAUUUAGCUCUCGGUCGAUGUAUUGGACAGAAUGGAAUAAAUAUAAAAGAGUGCGUUUGGCACUUGUCCUCCUCCGAGGAUUUGUAGCCUCACCUCACCGCCCCAGCAGUGACUAG